AUGGUAGCUGAAGUUGUAAGUGCAGAAUCUCUCCGCGACGAAGGGAACCAUGCCGUUCAAAUGGGAGAUUGGAACUUGGCUAUCGAUAAGUAUACAGAUGCACUAACUCUAACAACUGAAUCAGAUGCCAGUUUGAAAGCAGUACUUCAUCGUAACAGAGCUCUCGCUCGAUUGAAAAUCGAUGAUUUCGAAGGAGUUGAUGCAGACUGCACUAAAGCUCUUGAGUUUGACGGAGCAGACGGCAAAGCGUUAUAUAGAAGAUCUUUGGCCAGGGAACAACUAGAUGAAAUCGGUGGAGCCUUCAGCGAUGCCAAGGAAGCUUUACGGUUAAAUCCGAAAGACAAAGCUAUAACUGAACUACUACAGCGAUUGGUUGUUGCAAACAAUGAGAAAGUUAAAAAAAUAACAAGUGUGGAUAACAAAGUCUCCGAAAUGUCUAAGCUCGCAUUUGAGGGGGGUGCCAAAGACUUCGAUCAAAAGAAUAAAGCUUACAAUAACUUAUUGGUAUUGUCCAGAGAGUCAGAAUCAGGUGCUAUACGAGUCUGGAAUGAGGGAAGAAUCAUUGCAAUUUUGCUUCGCUCCGUUGAAGAUAAAAAGGAAACAGAUGAAAUUGCAAUUACUGCCAUCAGAAUAAUUGAUGAAUUAUGCAAGAAUCAUAAGAGAGCCAUGAAAUUUAUGACUAUGUUAAAUAAUGAUGAGAGAGCUUCGGUGAGAUAUAUUUGUCGUUUAAUCUGUCUCCGGGAUUCCAAAGAAUUCGUUGAUGCUGCUGGUCUGAUAGUUCAAAGAUUGUUCAAUGCCCUAGCAAAAAUGGACAGAACGAAAGAAAUGAAGCCUGAUCCAGAAGUUGCUGAAGCAAACAAAAUCUACAUUCUUAGACUCAUUCAGGAACUCAGAGAGAUGCUGGUAGACAUAUCAGUAAAUGCCAUGUGCCGUGAAACUGUCAUUGACUUGUUUACCAAAAAUCUUAUGCACAUGGAUGGAGGAAUUCCUCGUGGAUGGUCUUGGGAUUUCGUGGCUGGGCGAGGGCUCUUAACUUUACUGAAUGUCUCAUCACAAAUACCUGAACAGUGUGACUAUCCUGUGACUCAUGAAACACGGCAACACAUUGCUAUUUGUCUUUCUCGUCUUGAUGAUGAUAUGGUGUUCGAUACCAAAAGAGCUAUUUUCAAAGAGAAAGUUGAUGAAUUCUACAACAGUCUUCUAGCAACUGCAGGAGAUAAUGAAGAAGGACACAAGAUCCGAAUUAAAUUGGCCUCCUUUCUGAUUACAAUGCUGCAGGGUCCCAUCAACGUAGGUAUGAACCUUGUAACUAAUGAUCAAAUUACUGCAAUGAUGAUGCAAAUGGCCGCUUCUGAACAUAAAUUAAUGCAGAGUGUUGCCGCUGAGUUGAUUGUUAUGACAGUCAGUAAGCAUGAGAGAGCAACCGCCAUUCUCAAGGUUGGUAUUCCGAUUUUGCGCAAGUUAUAUGAAUCGGAUGACGACAAUGUCCGUGUUCGUGCUUUAGUGGGAUUGUGCAAAUGUGCCUCUGCUGGUGGUGACGAUGCUUCUAAGGCCACUAUGAAAGAAGGCGCUCCUAUUAAACUUGCCCAAUCUUGCAAGAAGUUUUUACUGGAAACAAAAAAGUACUCUGUUGAUGUUCGGAGAUUUGCAUGUGAAGGACUUUCGUAUUUAUCUUUGGAUGCUGAUGUGAAAGAAUGGAUAGUUGAUGAUUCCCUAUUGCUUCAAGCUUUGUUGUGCUUGGCGCGAUCAGCUGGAGCAUUGUGUGUUUACACCUUGGCUACAAUUUAUGUGAAUUUGACCAACUCAUAUGAAAAACCGAAGGUCGAUGAAGAAAUGGUCAAAUUGGCUCAAUUCGCUAAGCACCAUGUACCUGAAGUUCAUCAUUUGGACACUGACGAGUUUAUUGAAAAGCGAACAAGAGCUCUGGUCGAUGAAGGAGCCGUUAGUGCCUGUAUUGCUGUUAGUACUACAGAAUCAAAAGCUGCACUUGAACUAAUUGCUAGGGCUAUCGGGGCAUUUGCUGAUUAUGAAGAUCUUCGCGGACGAGUUAUAAGUGAAGGCGCUACGAAGUUAUGCUUAAGACUUUGCAAAGAAGCUACACCUGAAGGAAAAAUAAAAGCUUCUCACGCUCUUGCAAAAUUAGGAUGCAAAGCUGAUCCUAACAUUGUAUUUCCUGGACAAAGAGCUUAUGAGGUAGUUAAGCCUAUGGUCGACUUGCUGCAUCCUGAAGUAGACAGCAAAGCUAACUACGACGCUAUUUUGACACUGACAAACUUGGCAAGCAUGUCUGAUUCUGUUAGAACGCGGAUCGUGAAAGAGAAAGCUGUUUACAAAAUUGAAGAAUUCUGGUUUAUGACAGAUCAUGAACACCUCCGAGCUGCUGCUGCUGAACUGUUGCUCAAUCUACUAUUCUUGGAUGAAUUCUUCAAAGAUGUGGCCAAACCCGGAACAGACAAGCUCAAGUUAUGGGUACUCUAUUCUGCAGAAGAGGAUGAGAGACUUGCCCGCGCAUCAUCUGCCGGGUUCGCCAUCCUAACUGAAGAUGAAGAUUGUUGUACAAGAGUCCUGCAAGAAAUUCAGAGUUGGGUCGAAGUUUUCAAAGAGAUCUGUAUGCAUGAAGAUCCUGAGGUUCAACGACGCGGUAUCAUGGGAAUUGCAAAUAUUAUGAAGAGUAGUGAGAAAAAUUGCUCUGAAAUUGUUGCUAGUGAGAUAUUCCGCAUCCUGGUUGCUGUUUCAAAACUAGGAGCGAAAAAUCAAGAAAGACUAGGAUCCACAGAGCAAGCUAGUAUCGCCCUAGAAGCAGCAGAAAAAUUUGGACUAAUCAAGGCAACGGAUCGUGAGAUGUUCGAGAGAGCGAACAAUUUGAGUACAAUUUCCGAAUAA